AUGACCACACCAAUUACACAUCCACCGAACGGAGCAGCGCACAAGGCUGCUACUGCUGAGUCACUUGAAAAGGCUCGCGCUGAAUCGGGAAAUGCGUAUUUGCCGACUGUGUUCAACCCGGCCACGAUUGUCUCCAAAGGCCCACUUCGUGUUGCCAAAGACCGGGUUGUAGCUGCCAAAUCGCCCGAUGGUGAACCUGGCUUCAACUUAUAUUACGAGCAACACGGUACCGGACCGAACAGAAUCAUUUUUCUGAUGGGCCUGAACAAUUCGUGCUUUGGAUGGUUGAGCCAGGUCGAGGAGUUUGGCGCAGACCCGAACUACUCGGUUGUAGUGAUGGACAACCGCGGCUACGGCAACUCAGACGCACCCAGUACGAGAUACAAAACGACGGAUUUUGCAUUGGAUGUCUUUGAAGUGCUCGACCAUAUCGGAUGGACCGAGGAACGCAGCGUGAACCUGGCCGGUGUAUCGAUGGGUGGCAUGAUGGCGCUUGAAGUAGCGCGUAUGCAACCUAAGAGGUUCAAGAGCCUUUUGUUGCUGAGCACCACUUCAGGCCACAGCUUUAAUCUCCCGCCAAUUCGCGGCCUAGGCGCAAUUUCGCAAGGAAUGAUGCAGGCGAUAUUGGGUAUCGCGACUCCGGAACGCCGUGUAGAUAAGAUGAUUGAGCUGCUUUUCCCCGAGGACUGGCUCAAUGCUCCGAGCGCAAGCGAUGCCACAGGAAAGCGCACCAAUGGCGAAGUGACCAAGGAGACUUUUUACUGGCGCAUUGCGUUUACGCGCCGCCCGAAACUGCAGGGCGCAAUGUCACAGAUUAUGGCUGCACUUACGCACAAUGUGAGCGACGAACACUUGAAGCACAUUGACGAGAAUAUCCCGCGUGUACGGAUCAUUACGGGCGAUUGGGACAACCUUGUGCGUCCGUCCAACUCUGCGCAUAUGGCCAAGGUGAUGUCCCAUGCGGACUAUCAGGUGUGGCCAGGUGGCGGACAUGCAUUGCAUGUUCAAUAUCCUGAACGCUUUAACAAGAUGCUUCGCGAAUUUACGCAAUAA